AUGGAGCAUGAAAAUCAGACUGUGAUUAAAGAAAUAAUCCUGAUUGGAUUUUCCCAGGCUUUGUAUACUAGGAUAUUACUGUUUGUUACCUUCUUAUUAAUAUAUAUACUGACUGCUUUUGGGAACAGUUUUCUGAUAUGUGCUGUUAUCAUCAGUCCUCAGUUGCACACACCUAUGUACUAUUUUAUUUGCAAUUUAGCCUUCCUGGAUUUGUGCUACUCAUCCAGCUCUCUCCCGAAAAUGUUACUAGAUGUGUUUUCAAAGAGUGUUAGAAUUUCCAUGAUUGGGUGCCUGGUGCAGAUGAACACUGGCCUGUUCCUAGGAAGUACCGAGGAUUUACUGCUGGCAGUGAUGGCGUAUGACCGAUAUAUUGCCAUACGCUUCCCUUUACAUUAUACCAUAAUUAUGAAUUGGAGGACAUGUAAUAUCAUUAUAGUCAUUAUGUGGUCAGGAAGUUUCCUUAUAGCAACUAUUCCCACAAUCGCAAAGCCUUUUGUCUUCUGCAGAGGAAACGUGUUGGACCAUUUUGUCUGUGAGAUACUGGCUCUUCUAGAGCUGGCGUGUGGUGAUCUCAGCUUCUAUAAAAUAGCUAUAUUUGUAGCAAGUAUAUUUACACUAUUAUUGCCACUUAUGUUCAUCGUGGUGUCCUACAUCUGUAUCAUUAUAUCUAUAUUAAACAUCCGCUCAGCAGGUGGAAGGUCUAAAGCUUUUUCAACGUGUGCUUCCCACCUGACCGUUGUGUUUAUAUUAUAUGGGACCAGUAUUAUCAUGUACAUGGGACAAUCCAAAAGUUUUUCAUCUAACCUGAAGUACAUUGCUUUAAUUUAUGGUGUUGUGACUCCUUUGUUGAACCCUUUGAUCUACAGCCUGAGAAAUAAUGAGGUGAAAGGAGCAUUUCAGAGAAUAUUGGCCAAGUCUUCAUCACCAUGGACAGGAUAA